ACAACUCCCUAACUCUACCUCUUUAGUCUUUUGUUUCGUUUGUACAGCAUAAAUUAUACAAGCGCCUAUAAAGCCAGCAAGUACAAUAUCAAGGCAAAAGUAUCACCACUUAAAGCUGUAAUUCUUGAGGCUGUGUCUGUAUAAUUCGUGAUAUGUCAGAAUGCUCUGAGAGUACUGUGACUCUGGAAGAGUUGCCUAAAAGGAAGUUGGAGAUAUCAUUCGGUGGUUGUGGGUUCCUGGGCGUGUAUCAUGCAGGAGUGGGCAAGUGUGUCUGUGACUAUGCACCGCAUCUCUUCACCGAGUUCACUUGUUUCUAUGGAGCCUCUGCCGGAGCUAUAACUGCCGUGUUUGCAGCUUGCCGCAGCGACCCCAUGGAAGCGUACAAGUGGGUCAAGAAAAUAUUUGAAGCUUCGAGAAAGUACAAGCUUGGAAUGUUUCAUCCGUCGUUUGAUUUGUACAAGCGAUUGCGAUCUUUUCUCGAGGAUUUUCUACCAAAGAAUGCCCAUCGACUGUGUCGCAAUAAAGUCAAGAUCAGUCUAACCACUCUGAGUGAUCGGGGACUGCCUAUCAACUGGUUGGUGUCCGAUUUCAACACUCGUAAAGAACUUAUCAAUGCUGUCAUUGCUAGCAGCUUCAUACCUGGCUAUGCUGGCUUCAAGAAUCUGCCCAAGUUCAGAGGAAAGCGGUGUUGUGAUGGUGGGUGCUCCAGUAACAUUCCCCACCUCAUGGAUCCUGAUGUCAUUACAGUGUCCCCAUUUAGCGGGUCAGGUGAUAUCAGUCCUCAGGAGUCUUGCUACGCGACAAAGAUUACUAUCUGUGACCAACCGAUUGAGCUGACAGGGAGCAAUAUUUACCGACUGGCCAAGAGCCUCUGUCCCACCUCCUGGGAGGAGCUAGAGCUCAUGUUCCAUCGAGGCUACGAAGACUCAAAGAAGUACUUCUUACGAGAAGGAUUCUUUGCUCCCCCCGUCCCCAGCCCUCCAUCCACCCCCUCACUUGUUGCAGAGUCCUCCAGCGAAUAUUUCAGCGUAUGCAGUCACUCUCGUUCUCAGUCAAUGGCCGUGUCUGUGAGUGCCGACUUUAUGAGCUGUACUGACGAGGAAGAGGAGGAUAAGCAAGUCCUCGAGGUGGUUCCAAAGAGGCGGCCAUCUUGUAUCACAUUUGACGUGCCCAGACCGUCUGUGGUGAAUGUGAUAAUGCGUUCUCCAGUCACUGUUGCUGAACUCCUAAUAAGGAGUUUGUCGCGGAUUCUUCGCUCCAUCUCCUCUACCAAAUUGUCUGCUGCCCUACACAAGAGCCUCAGACCCCCCACAAAGAACCAGACCACAUGGGAGAAUCAACUGUGUGAGGGUCACUCUGGCUUACUGGGGGGCGUGCUGACUGCCAUGACAACCUCUGUGCUCACAUUCUGAAUAAACUAUUAUUAUUUAAUCUCUGUUGAAGAAAGGAGAGGAGUCUGUCCAUAUAAUUAUAUAUAACACAACAUUUAAUAUUCCAUGUAGUUUAUAGAUCACAUCACGCUAUUUAUACACAACUUUGUAUUACAAAAUUCAAAUUGUUGAAAUGUCA